AUGUCCGCCAACCCGGGCCUCCGGCCUUUCAUCCUCCUAGCAGGCUUCGUCUACUACUCCCUCCUCGGCGGCCGCCUCGACACCGCCCUUCUCCUCCUCUUUUCGGCACUCCGCAGCAGGCACGCUCUCACGGACCUCGUCUCCCCCUACAUCGACGCGCAAACCCUACGCAACCAGCUCCUCCUCCUCCCGGGUUUCGUCCUCGGCUUCGUCAUCCUUCAGAUCGUCCGCUUCGUCCUGGCCCUCACGGAGACCAGGGACGUGACGAAAUGGACGUCGCCCGCGAGGCCUCUGCUGAUCCCCUGUACGACGACGCACCGUCGGACGUUCCCGGAGAAGCACGCCUUUACCUACUCGUACCUCGUCGUCGGCAUCCCCGUCGGGUGGAGGGGCACCUACGCCGGCAUGGUCUCAAGCGGCGUCGACGCGCCUAGCUGGGCGUCGUGCUUCUCGCUGGCGCCGCAGCCCGGCAAAGGGUGGUUCGAUGUCAACCCCGCCGACUAUCUCGAGAGGGGAAACGGCCAUCUCGGACUCAGGGGAAAGCUGGAUGCGUAUCUUGAGUCUCAGGGGGCCGACCCGGCGCAGUAUCCCGGCGCGUACCUCGUCACUGCGGCCAGAUUCAUGGGAUACCACUUUAACCCGGUCUCCUUCUGGUACCUUUACUCCAGAGACGACGAGCUGACGGCCAUGAUCCUUGAGGUGAACAAUACCUUUGGCGAGCGCAGGAUGUACUUCCUCGCCACGGACGCCGUCCCGUCGGAGCAGCGUCUCGACCGAGGCGACAACGUCGCCGAGCCCGCCGUCAAGAGGCCCGCGGCGGCGAGGAUGACCAAACAGUGGCCGAAGGACUUCCACGUCUCCCCCUUCAACUCGCGCAAGGGCGACUACUCCCUCUCGGCAACCGACUUCCUCGGACUCGACGCCCGCGGGGCUUAUACCCUCGACAAUACAAUCACCCUCAAGUCGUCCAAGGACCACCCUAAGAUCGUCGCCCGCCUCUUCAACUCGGCCCCGGCCAUCGACCCGGGCUCCAUGUCGGCGCCGCACAAGCUGGCCUUUCUGUGCCGCUGGUGGUGGGUCGGCUUCGUGACCUUCCCCCGCAUCGUCAAGGAGGCCUCCACCCUCUUCUUCCGCAGGGGGCUGCACGUAUGGUACCGCCCGGAGCCGCUGAAGGAGUCCAUCGGCCGCCGCGCCGACGCGACGGAGAGCCGGCUCGAGCCCAUAUUCCGGGCCUACCUCGGCCACCUCGUGGAGCAAUCGACGGCCGCCGUCACCGUCCGGUACAUUCCCGCCGGCAUCCACUCGACCGAGCCCGAGGUGAUGCGAUCCCCGGCCGCGGAGAGGAAUCCCAAACGCGCCGAGGAACUCGACUUCAAGGUACUCACACCGGCCUUCUACACCCGCUUCGUGCACUACGCCCACGACCUCGAGGCCGUGUGCUGCGAGUUCCAGGACAACGGCACAAUCUGGGUCUCGCGGCCGGACCUCCUCCCGAAGUUCAUCCUCAAGAGGCCCGCGCCGCCCCUCAGGACGACGAACAUCGCCGACUUUGUCUGCUUCAGGGCCAUCCGCGCCCUGCGGCAGAGGCCGGAACGCAUCGAGCGGCCCCUCACGUCGGCCGCGCCGCCGGGCGGAGGCGAGCGAGACGGCGCCGGCGUGCGGAAGGUGGACAUCCGCGACUUUCGCAUCUCGUCCAUGGACGGCUUCGUCCUUGGGCGGUCCGACGCGCGGGUGCGGGGUGCGUACAGGUCGCUCGUGCUGCGGACGUUCCUCGCCGACCGCCUGGCUCUGGGGAGCGUGGAGCUCCUGGGCCUGCAACACUUCAUCCUGCGAGCGGGCGUUGCCUGGGUCCUGUCGUCGCUGGUCGCCCCGCUCGCGAGGUUAUGA